AUGCAUCGAACGUAUUCUAUGCGCCAUACCCGGGCGCCGACGGCCUCCCAGGUCGAAAACCCGCCUCCUCCCAUCUCAUCGACUAAAACAAGCAGGAUUUUUGGUAGUGGAAGCCUUGGCCAUGCCUUCCGCAAGUCCGCGGCCGGUGCGUUCGGUCCUGAUCUCGCGAAGAAACUCUCCCAGCUAGUAAAAAUGGAGAAAAACGUAAUGCGAAGUAUGGAACUUGUUGGAAGGGAAAGAAUGGACGUUGCUCAACAACUUUCAGUCUGGGGAGAGGGCUGCGACGAAGAUGUUUCCGAUGUUACUGAUAAGCUUGGGGUCUUGAUAUACGAAAUCGGUGAGCUAGAAGAUCAAUUUGUUGAUCGAUAUGACCAAUACCGCGUUACAAUCAAGAGUAUCCGCAACAUUGAAGCGUCAGUCCAACCAAGCAGAGACAGAAAACAAAAGAUCACGGACCAAAUUGCUCAACUGAAAUACAAGGACCCAAAUUCACCCCGCUUGGUAGUUUUAGAACAAGAGCUUGUUAGAGCAGAGGCAGAGUCUUUAGUUGCUGAGGCUCAACUCUCUAAUAUUACCCGUGAGAAGGUGAAGUCGGCAUUUGUCUACCAAUUCGACUCUCUUAGAGAGCAUUGCGAGAAGCUGGCCAUUAUUGCUGGCUACGGAAAGCAUCUUCUUGAAUUGAUCGAUGACACUCCCGUUACUCCUGGUGAAACUAGGCCUGCCUAUGAUGGUUAUGACGCCAGCAAGGCCAUCAUUCAAGACUGCGAAGAAGCCCUGACUAAUUGGGUCGCUUCGAAUGCUGCUGUAAGCUCGAAGCUGUCAACUCGAGCGCGUACACUUUCACACAGACGACGUGACAAUAUUGCCAGGUCACGGGAAGGUAUCGAUUUAGCAAGUCAAGAUCAGCCAAUGAGCACCGACAGGGAUUCUUGGGUGCCAGCCCAAGAGCAUUCUGGCUAUAGUCAAUCCCACGACGAUGAGGAGUUUGACGCUGAAGGUAGUCUUGAGGCAGCGGCGCCAGAAGGCCGAACGGACGGAAAGAUGACGGCCUAG